AAUUAUUUGUAUUUGUAGAAAAAUUUGUCAAAAUGAAAUUUUUAUACUACCUGUCACCUUGACUAAAACAUUUUGAGUUUUCAUUGACUAAAACUAUGAUAAAAAUGACUAAAAUGUGACUAAAACUAAUGAGCAUUUUUGUCUCAAGAAUGAGGCUAAAUCUAAAAUAGCUGUCAAACUAACACUGCAGUCAGGAAAGUUUGUAACAUAAUUUGUCAGGUUAUUACAUUAUUGUGUUUUUAUUUCAUUUUCAAUCAGGUUAGGUGCAAUUUCAGGGCAUUGUUACAUACAUUCUCAGGAAACUAUUACAUUAUUGGGUGCUUCAGGGUCCUUUAAUUAAGUAUAUGUUUCAGUGUUAUCCCUGUACAGUGCUGAGCCAGUGUGCAUCUGUUAAAAGGGGAACAUCACCUAAAUAAGAAUUCCAGUAUGUUAUUUCCAUGGUCUAAGAAAGUUAAAUCAAUAUUUGUUUAACAUGAGCUACUCUCACAAGGCCAGAAACCUGAGAAAUAAGUCUCACACUUGUGAUGAAGUCAAAUAUAAAGUCUAGACUUUAAAUUUUAGUUUUAGCACUUGAGGUUUUUUUUGAUUCAGAAGAGAGCUGCUUAUGUUUACUCAUAUUUUUGGACUGUCUUAAACCAUGACAAUAUCAUGAAUCAACUUUGAAAAUAGGCAUAGUUCCCCUUUAAUAAAUAUCAUGUACCACAUGUCUGUCCUCUGUGUUGCAAUUUCCUGACAAAAUUUGAUGUUUUCCAAUUUGCCGUGUGCUUUUCAAAUUUAAACAUAUGCCAAAUUAGCUCCCUUUUUAAAGAAAUACUUUACAAAAAACAGAAAGUGAGUACACAAGAUAUGGAGGAGAAUCAUGUAUUACCUACGUUUGCUCCCAUGAUGAACAAACCUGUGGUUUUGGUGUCAUAUUUCCGCUUGUAGGCAGUUUCCUGUAUAUCAGGGCGUUGAAUUUCCCCUGGUGUGCUUGCUUGCUUUUUAAGGCUCGUGUAUCGUGUGAGCAGCAGGUAGUUCGCCAUCAGGGUCAGCUCUGAAUUAGGAUUAAUCCUGUCCAGAUACUAAAGCUAGACAGCCACAGGACCAUCCUGGAACACACCUCAUCACAUCUUCCAUCUACCUCCUUCCUCCCAUGUGUUCAUCCAGCAUACUGCCUCUCAGGAUGAUGGGCCUCAUCAUGCUGAUGAUUUCACUGUGUGAAACCUGCAGAAAAAUUUGUUUCAUCUGUGCUCCCUGGACUGCAAUGUUAGUGGAUACACAAAGAUGCAAACAGUACCUGCCCUACUGAUCUCAACCCUCUCACACUGGAGCCGGACAAGGUUCUGGAAGAAUAUGGAGGGACGGUGUCAGUAAACUGCACCAGCACAGAAGAGUAUCAUGAUGGGAUGUACUGGAGGGUUGGAUAUAACGUCUCUGAAAUAGAAUAUGACAGUCAGUAUAUCUCCUGGUCAGUGCCACUGUCAGACUGGAAUGUAACAACAGAGUGCAGAGUAAAGCUGACUGGCAAUGUUGAAUGCAGCAAAGACCUUGAAAUCACUCUAUACAAGAAUCCAGAAAUGGUUGUCCUGUUCCCUACAAAGUAUGCAUCUGCAUCAGAAGGGACACCGUACGAGCUGCAGUGUAAUGUUGACAAUGUUGCUCCUGUUCAGAACCUCACUGUGAGGUGGUACAAAAACAAUCAAACCAUCAGGACAGACUCUUUCACCAAGACAACGAAAACUCCAGUAACUGAGUCUUCUAUUCUGGCUGUGCACCUCAGCAGAGAUGAAAACGGAGCCAAGCUCAGAUGUGAGGCUCAGCUAGACUUUGGGUCAUAUGGAUCACAACCUCCUGUUAUUUCUAACACAUACCCUGUUUCUGUGAACUAUGCUCCUGAGCUCAUGAACCAAACGGAAGACGUUUUUGUGAAUGAGGGUGAUAAUGUCACCCUGCACUGUGAAGCUGAGGGGCGCCCUCCUCCUGUCUUUAGUUGGACACAUGAUGGGACUGUUAUUUCAGAGAACACAAAUAUCAUCAGCAUCAUUGGAGCCACCAGCACAACCUACAACUGCACAGCGAGAAAUUAUCUGGGAAGCAUAACGAAGCAAAUCCAUGUUCAUGUGACCAAAACGAUCAGAGCAGCAGCCCCUGCAGCCCCUGCAGCCAUCACCACCCCUGUGCCAUCAACACCAAAAGCUUGCCCCUUAGAGUUGACACCUGCUGAAGUCGUGGUGCAAUUUGGAGAUUCAGCUUCAAUUAACUGCAGCACGUCAGAUGAUGAUAUUUUCGGAAUUGGCUGGGAGGCUAUAUUAGGAGGAACAGGCCUUGAAAACCCUCCUUCUGUCCUCUGGAUGGUUAAAAAACUGGAAGACUGGACCAUAAAACCUUUGUGCUACAUCACUCGGAAAGAUAAUUCCCAGUGUUCGUUGUCGGCAACCAUCACUCUUUACAAGACUCCAGACACUGUGUCACUCUCUGCGUUGCAUCAGGGGCCGAUGAUGGAGGGCACAGAGUACACGCUGAAAUGUGACAUCCUCAAUGUGGCUCCUGUGCAAAAGCUCAAACUGAAGUGGUACCACAACAACGAAAAUGUGCACACAGAAAUGUUUAGUGACACCAGUAUUACCCCAGUCAACGUGUCCUCCACCUUGAGAGUCACUGCUGAGAGAGGUUACAACGGAGCACAGUUCAGAUGUGAGGCUGAGCUGCACCUCGGGCCAAACGGACCAGAGAUCGUCCCCACUGUAACCUCAGUACCUUACAUUGCUGCUGUGCACUAUAAACCACUGAUCCAAGAUUGUCCAAGUAAUGUUGCUGGUGUGGAACACAAGCUCAACCUAAACAAUUUGACCUGUCGAGCUGAUGGGAACCCUCCACCCAUUGUUCAGUGGUACCACAAGGGACAACUGAUGGAUACAUCUCAGCCCCUCGACAGGACCCAAUCGGGAGGGUACACAGCUGAAUUCGUAAAUGUUCUUGGCAAGAACAGCACCUCCGUCGAUAUCACAGUUGAAUACGGCCCUUCGUUUGUUUGUGAUAAACACUAUGAGGUUGAAGAGAAUGGUAAGGUCCCGUGUGAACCCAUGGGAAUACCUAAGCCUAUCAUCACCUGGCAUAAGGAUGGAAAAAAGAUGGAUUCCCCACAGCGCUGGACAAAGCAUGACAGUGGAACAUACUCACUUGAAGCAACCAACAAACAUGGAACUGCCAACCACACAUUCGACCUUGAUGUUUUGUAUGCUCCUGCGUUUGUGGAGGGAGCUUCUGAGAACGAAAAGGAGGUGACCUCUGGUGAAAAUGUGACUUUGGACUGCAGUGCCGAGGGCAACCCACCUCCUUCGAUCCAGUGGAGUUACACCUUUGACGUGAAUGUCAGGGAGGCCACCAGGGGGCGCCAGAAGAGCAUCAUCGUCACAAGAGCCACGUCUACCAAUGCUGGUGUUUACAUCUGUGUUGCCACGAAUAAAGUUGGGAACGUGACAAGAUCUGUCAAUCUGAUGAUGAAAGGUAAAAACAGUGCAUUCUCCAUAGCAGGUAUUUGGUGGUGGCUGAUUGUCUUGAUCAUCGUCGGCGGCAUCAUCAUCGCCAUGAUUGUUGUCCAUGUCCACCGGAAAAAGCAAGGACAAUAUAGUUUUGUCUCUGAUGGCUCAGAUAGGCCUAUCCCUAUGACUACUCAGUCAAAUGGGGUGCAAGGUUAGGAUAUUACUUGAUGAAGGGGCAUGGGUGGACUAUGAGACAAUGGGCCUCUGGGCACAGAUUUGCAAAAGGCCCCUACACCUUUUCUACACGGGAGCAAGACACAGACUUUGUGGUGGUUGUUAUUUUUGUCUCAGUUUUGUGUCUCUUUGUAGUCAUUCUGCGUCUAUUGUGUCUGUUUGUAGUACAGAAACUCUUUAUAGUGCAUUCAACAGCAAAGUAAAUACGGAAGGUAUUAUGUCAUGGGCGGAUUAUGAGACAAUGGGCCCCGGGGCACAAAUAUGCAAAAGGUCCCACCACCUCUCCUACAUAUGAGCAACUUGUCUUUGUAGUCAUGCAACUUUUUGUGUCUCUUUGCAGCUCCCUUGCAUCUCUUUGUGUCUCUUUGUGCUCAUUUUGACUCUCUUCCUGGUCGAAAUGUGUUUAUUUGAGUGAUGUUUUGCAAAUGAAUGCCACGGGGGGCCCUGGGCCUGUGCCUGGUGGGCCUGUAAAUACUGUACACAAGAAAAUAGAGAUGUAAAAAUUACUUGUAGCACUUGUUACAACAUGUAUUCUUAUUUGUUGGCCUUUGAAAUUUACCCUAGUUUUUACAUUUUUUAUUAUUCUUAAUAAAGUUACACAACAACUCCA